AUGCGCCCGUCCCAAUCCAUCCUCAAGCUGGCCCUCUGGCUCUGCCUGAGCACGGCCCCGUCCCUCGUUUACACGCAAACGGGCUUGCGCUUCGACGGCCAAGCCGAUCAGCAUGUCGUUGAACUCGAGCUGGGCGAGCUUCAAAACGAAGUUAUUCUCGGGCUUCAGACUGUACAGCCCCGCGCCAUCCUCCUUCACAUUGCACCCACCACUGCCUGCCCAUGCGUUUACACAUGCAUGUUUGCUGGCUCACGCAAUCCGCGCCGCAGCGAGCCAGAAGUGAUGACGGCUGGUGCCGAGGUCGAUGGCCUAAUCAUUGACCUCAUCCAAGGCCGACCGCGCGCCACUUUUGUUCUUGGGCACCAGCAAACCGUUGCUGCCUGUCAGCGUGCCGUCAACGACGGCCAACCCCACACUUUGCGCCUGAUCCGCCAAGGUCGAGCUCUGUGGAUGACCGUGGAUCAGGGCGAGGAAGAGUGCCUUGCUACCACUCAGGCACACCACGAUCCCUUUGAAGGCUGCUUGUUUGAAGCGACCAUCGACGGCAUUGAUGCGUUGGCUGUCAACAACACACUCCUCUCGCAUUGGUCUGGGCACUGUGAUGCCAGCGCCCCACCCUGUCAGCUGGAGAAGACCACCUGUUCUUCUCACGGGACCCCUGUCUGCACGCCAUCGGGCCCCGCUUGUCGUUGCACUUCCGACUUUUUCGGCCCCACUUGCGCCCUGGCUCAGCUCGACUUGUUCACGAAUGAUGAAAAGGAGAUCUUUGCAUUGGAUGCGUGGGAGCUUUCUUCUAAUUUGCUGACCACCCUGCGUUUACGGCUUCCCAGUGCCACGCCGCCCGCCGUGCCCCUCACUUUGGCUCGGCUGGGCGCGAACGACCCCGGAGAAGAUGCUCUUGAGGUGGUUUGGCAAGCCCACGCCUUGGUGGUGCUCGUGCAUCUGGGUGGUGGUCAGGUCCUGCGCGUGGACAACCCGCUGCCUGCGCCGGACAAAUGGCUAUCCCUUGCCAUUCGCAUCGCCCCUGCCGCUCUUCAGGUGAUCGCGGACGGCGUUGCCACCUGGGCCACAGCGCCAACAUCUGGGUACCACCUCUUUGAUCUGACGAGCCCCAACGCCACCCUAACGCUUUCCAAUGCCGAUGCGAGUUUGAGCGCGGCAUUGGCGGCACCCGCGGCCACGACCUCCCAAACUCUGGCCGCCAUUGCUGAUGGCACAUACUACGAUGGGAGUCAAGCAGAAAAUCUCACGGUCAGCGUGGCCAGGCAUAACUGCUUUUCAGAAAUGGAAUGUUUUUUGGGACAGCAUAGUGCCUGA